AUGGAGGCACACACCAAGGACCACGUGGACACCAUCCUGGCCAUGAUCCGUGCGCACCGCGGCUUGCUCCAGGAAUACCUUGAUGGCUCUCUGGAUGCCCGGAAGGAUCAGCAAACCCAGGAGAAGUGCCGCAGCAAAACGAAGACCCCCAAGAAGAAGGCAGGCCCCGUGGACGCCAGCAAGUUCAACAGGCAGCAACUCCGCGCCUUUGUCUGCGUCAAAAAUCUGGCGAGGCUCGUCGACACUGCAGUGGACAGAGCGCUGGCCAUCGAGGACGCAGAGGACGACGGCGAGGCGGACCGUCUGCGACAAGAGGCGAGGGACAGCAAGGCCAAUGUGUGCCUGGGACCACCCGGGACCGGCAAGACCACCGUGGUCUUCUCUUGCAUCGACCGUGCCCUGGCCAAGGGCGGCAGGGUCUUGAUGGCGUUGCCGACCGCCCAGUUGGCCAGUCGCAUGAAGGCCCGCUACGGCCACAAGAUCGACAUCGACACCUGCCAUGCGGCGUUCGGCCUGCAUGAGUCUGCGGAGCACGGCGAGGCGUCCCUGUUGGGCAUGUACUCCCUCAUCGUCGUGGACGAGCUCUCGCAGCUGGACAUGGUCAACUUCGACAGGAUCUUGCGCUUGUGGGCAGCGGCAGAGCGCACGCCGGCCCUCGCGCUGCUGGGUGAUCGGUACCAGAUGCCCGGCAUGGGGGACAAGCGCCCGUGGCAUUCGCGCCUGUGGAACACCAUGUGCUACCGCGUGGCCCUCCACAAAAUGUACCGCUGCAAGGACAAGGUGCACGCCAAGCUGCUGGCAACCCUCAGGACCGGCAAGCCAAAUGCCAAGCUGCUCCGGCAGCUCCGUAAGAAGAUGGCGUGGCGGCCGCCGGGCCGGCCGACGGUGAAGGGACUCCAGAAGCUCCUCAAAUCCAAGCCCAACACGACCAUCCUGACGUGCACCAGGCGGGGCGCUGCUGUGGUCAACGGAACUGCCUUGAAGGCCCUCUUCCCGAAGUACCCUCCGAUUGCGACUUUGCCAGCUGACGUGGACUCCAAUCCUGAGAACUAUGUGCAAGGCAAGCUGAAGCCACCUGCAGAGCUGCAGCCCUCCACUAUGCCUGUCUACAAGGGCAUGCGGGUAUAUUUGACCCGCAACGUGCGGAAGGAUGUCGACUUCGUCAACGGCAUGGAGGCGACGGUGCUGAAGUACGACGACAAUACGGGUGGCCUCCUGGUGCGCACCACGACUGGCUUUGUGGUCAGCAUCUGGCCGUGGACCGACCCGGAAAGAGGUGGCUUGGUCUACUACCCCGUCCGGCCGGGCUACGCGUCCACUAUCAUCAAAUUCCAAGGCGCGGAGCUGCCCCAUGUUGUCGUCUACUUGGAUGCCCCGAAGGUGCCUGCUGCGGCCUACACUGCCAUCAGCAGGGUCGGCUACUACAAGGACUUCCUGCUGGCUGGCAUCUUGACACAGCAUCAUUUCACUCCAGCGAAGUGA